AUGACCUCUUCCAGCCUCACCGAGGCCCAAUGCGCCGCGCUCCUCGAUGUCCUCAUCCACGACGAAACCUAUGCCGAGAUCGAGGACUUCAAAACCCCGGGGGUGAUCAAGCAGUACGGCCCUCCUUUCCAGGACUCUACCUCCACAUCGAGAACUCCCGUGCUGCAGACACUAGUCUCCAAGUUCAUCCUCACCCUCCCAGGCUUACGGGAUGUCUCACACGACUUCUGGAGAGUGCGUGUGAAAGACCUCAUUGAAGAGCUCAGCCAAGCGGAAUUGAGUGAGAGCUAUGACAAAGGCGUGCUGGGAAUUAGAAAGACGCUUGCAACAGCCAUAAGUGCUUUGAUCGAAUAUCCAGCACGAGGGAGUCUGUUCGGGCUACCGAAGCGGGACGAGGAGCUGCAAAAGGCAGAGAAGGGUGGGUAUGAUAUCAGCAAGCCGGAGGAUGUGCUUAGGAGCUGGCAAGACUGCCUGCAAGCGCUCGUCUAUGGCAAUCUGGUGGAUGAGCUAUUCAGUCGGGCUGCUGAGACAGACGACCUCAAGAAGCAUGGAGGUCUCGUCCAGGGGAUGCAUGAAUUCGUUGUUGUGAACAUUGCUUCGCUGAUGCACUACACCCUUGUACUAUCGCCAGAAGGACCGACUCUACUACGCAUGAUUGAAAACGUUCACCGCCUGAUACCUUACGUUGUCGUUCGACAGACACUCAAGAUUGGUAAUGUGGCAACCAUGAUCAGCGCAAUGAUGAGGGUCAUAUUGGCCAAGGUCAGUGUUGCAAGUGUCACAAAUUGGAUCGGACUCAGCUCGGGUGCAGACGAAGGAAUGAAUCUGCUACAGCAAAUCAUGUCACAAGUGCUCUCCUGGGACAAACGGGACCUCAACUCCCGCGCGACAAAGAUCGAGAAGGCCUCCAACGGACCACCGAAACCCGUAAUUGCUGCUCUCAAAGACUGGAUAGCGACUCGCAGCCGUGCCGAACACGAGGAAGCCAGGCGGCAGAGUCGGGAUGGGAACAUGUCUAUCAUUGCCGUUAUUCUUUCUCUAUCAUCGUGCCCAUCUGCGGACGACAUCACCGAAGCUCAACAUGCCGCCACCCUCGAGUACCUCAAGCUUCGAUUGUCCAUCCGGGACCGUGACGAGAUCGUCCGCGUCCUCUGCCACCGGAAUCCGGAUCACUUGACUGCCAUGAUCCAAGACGCCGUCGCAGCAUACACACCGAUGAUCCGACAAGUGCACGAAGCUGUCAACCUCGCUGAUACCGUCUGGGACUUUGAACGCUUCACAACAGACAUGCUAAAGAUGAGCAAGCCGUCAGGUCCGAAGGGCCAGGAGAAGCCGCCGACAGUUGAGGACUAUGUUGACCUGCUACAUCGACACCAAAACAGCAGUCACAAGUUCCUGCAUCAGGUUGCGAAGAACGGCAAGGAGGUGACCGGCUGGUGGCGAGACUGGGUCAACAUGGUCAUCAAACAGUUCCGCAGGCAGCAGGAUAAGCCUCCCGAAACGAGUGCAGUGGUCGAUCAGAAGAUGAGCGGGACCAAUCCACGAGAAAGAGUGCAAAAGUCCUUCGCAAACCUCUCCGAGGCCGACCAAAGCAAGGUCAAGAAAGAACUCGACGCCUACAAGCGUUAUCUCGACGACCUGCACACCGCGUCUGCAACACGAAUAACAGCCGUCAUCAACCGCACGCGGUCCACUCCUUUUGGUCCCGGUGCUUAUCUCGCGCGCUGGCAAAAUCUUCUCGAUGCCACAGCCAUCACCCCGGGUACUGCUAAGGGACCAGUCAGGAAGGGCGCGAACAAGGGCGUACGAGAAGAAGGGCGGAAGGACAUCGAAGGUAACGAGGCAGGCUUCGUGACGGAAGAGGAGGUCGAGAAGGCCGUCGAUCGGACGACGUCGGAUGCGCCGAGUGUGGAAGAGACUGUGAGGUUGCUGGGUCCGAGGUUUCGGGAGCUGCUUGCUGGUGGGUGA